AUCCACCACUUGAAAUUUUCUUGCGCCUAACUCCCACUCCACCACAAUGACUUACCACUCCCAACUUCAACCUGCUAUCAAAGGCAUGGACGCUCCCUUGGCCAAAAGAGCGUGCCAAACCUGCCACACUUCAGUUACUUCUCAAUGGAGAUAUGGACUAUCAGGAAAAGUUCUAUUGUGCAAUGCCUGUGGCAUUCGUUGGAAGAGGAAGAACCGAACGACUGACAAAAGAAGACUGAAGCCGGGGCCGAAGCGGAGUCGCCAAUGCUCCACGACCACAUGCCCUAGUCCUAACUACAUGAGCUCCUUCCGGCCAGUGGUACAACCGAACAUGGACGUUAUGUUCUACAAGCAGAGUCUACCUGGCAUAUACUCGCCCAACGGUAGCAACCUGUCCUCCAGCUCAACGAUCACGGACCCACGCCUGGAGACGGCAUCGAUGGGGGCAAAGAGGUACUAUCAGCAACAACACUCAACAGAAGAGUAUCGUCGACCAUGCUCGAAAAUGAAUGUGCACAGUCUGGUGUCUCCGACGAACGCUCACCCGAGGAGCUCACCAGAUAGUACGACAUUCUCAAAGAAGAAGCAUGCUAGGCAUUCGUCGCCGAUUUCUAUUAAGAACUUGCUGAAUUGCGCAGACGAAGAUGGGAGCAACACUGCUUAUUCAUCAUCUGCUUACAGGGCCCUUCGCUGCUAAGGAAAUGGAAUGACGGGGUACGGGGAGGGGGAGGAGGUAGAAAACAACUUUUUAACUAAGCUCAAUAAAAGUGCUAACUCGGAAGAGAAAAAACAAACAAAGUAGGAACAAGUCCAACUGACAUGGCUAUAGAGAAUAAAACUACCAUAAUGCAUUAA